UAUGAAUCAAGAAUAUCCGAUUGUAAUUGAAAAAAAUCAAGAAGAAUUAAAAGAGGAUGCAAAAAUUCGAGAACUUUGGAUGAAAAAUAUUUGUGAUCAUGAUAAACACGCAAAAUUUAAAACUAAAGAAAUUUAUGAUUUUAUUAUCGUGGGAGCUGGUACUGCUGGAUGUGUACUUGCCAGAGAAUUGAUUCAUGGUAUUCCAAAUAUUAAUAUUCUA